AUGUCUUCGGACUAUAGUGAUGAUUUUGACGACAACUUUGAUGAUAUUAAUUUAGACAAGGCAGAUAGGGCUUCAGGCGAACAUAUUGUUCCUAAAAUGCUUGAAAUGUAUUCCCACAAGCUGAAUUUUGAACUUCAAGGUAACUUAUACGUCGAUAAAACACGUGAUUCAAUUGAGCAGAACGAUGCAAAAAGAAAGGCUUUACGUCCAGGAAAGGAUAUGAGAAGAACUGAAGAACAAGUUCUUGAUAAUCGUACAAAAGUUGUUUUAUUCAAACUCUUAAACAGAAAAAUCUUAGGUGAUAUUGAAGGUUGUAUCUCUACUGGUAAAGAAGGCAACAUUUACAUCGGUCAUCGUGGCGAAUCCGCUCCUGAAACAUGGCCAGAAAAAUUUGCAAUCAAAAUCUUCAAGACAUGCAUUCUCAAAUUCAAAGAUCGUGCUAGAUAUGUUACAGGCGAGCAAAGAUUCCAGCACCACUCCAAGUCAAAGAACUCAAGAAAAGCUGUUGUUCUGUGGUCGGAAAAAGAAUUCAGAAACUUAAGUCGUCUUCACAAGAACGGUGUUCUUUGCCCUGAACCACUUCUUGUUAAGCACAAUAUUAUCUUCAUGGAACUCAUUUUGAACAAAAAUUCUCCAGCUCCAACCUUACGUCUUGCAAAUCUUGCUACAAAGCAAUUCCAAGACCUCUACAUAGAUCUGGCCAAGACUAUCCGCUUCAUGUACCAUACCUGCGAGCUUGUUCAUGCAGAUCUUUCCGAAUACAAUCUACUUGUCAAAGGAACAAGUUUAUACAUCAUCGAUGUUGGUCAGGCAGUCGAAAUAGACAACCCCAAUGCCAACCAAUUCCUCAGAAACGAUAUCUGCGUCAUUACAAGUUUCUUCAAAUCUCGUGGUGUAAAAACAGCUCCAUUAAAGCUUCUUUUCGACUUCAUCGUCGAUCCAAAGCUCUACGGAAGCGAAGAUGAAGUCCUCAGGAACAUCAUGGAUGAGAAAGAAACAAUUACUCCACAAGAAUUUACUCAAGUUUACAUUCCACAAAGACUUGACCAAGUAAAUGACCCAGAAGCAGAAAUUGCUGACUUAGAAGAUGGCUACUACACCAAUGCUCAAUACCACGGUGCUUUCACUGGCAUUAUUCCUACUUACGUCGCUCCAGAUGAAAUUGAUUUGGCAAGAAUGGCCGAAGAAGAAGAGGAGAUGGAGGAGGAAGAAGAAAUGGAAGAAGAGGAAGAGAAAGGUGAGAAAAAGGAAACUCUUGACCGAAAGAAUUAUACAAAAGCUGAAUGGAAGGAAAUUCAGAAGAAACUUAAAGAACGGAGAAGAGAAAAGAGAUUAACAAAGACUCCUAAGUACCAGAAGAGAAAGGCUUAUAGAAAAGCUCAUCCAAAUGCCAAAUAA